AUGUCCGACCAGAACAACCAACAAAAGGGCUUCUUCGGCACCGCUGCCAGCGGUCUCGGAAACACUUUAGGCGCCGCAACAAACACUGUCGGCAAGGGCGUCCAGGGCGUCACGGACGCGACUGGCAAUGUUGUCGCGGCUGGUGGAAAGGGACUCGGUGAUGCUGUUACGGGCAUUACCCAGGGCGCUGGUGAUACUACUAAAGGUGAGUGA